AUGCAUCGUCUUUUUGCUGAGCUGGAGCCAUCUUUAAUCGUCACAGAGCAAAACCUGGCAGACCGAGUUCGGUAUAUCUUGCGCUCAAAUAUAUUUGAUGUCGCCGAACUCGAACGGCUACGACGUGAGGCUGUUCCCUCGUCGGAUGAGAAUGCUACGGCUGAGGAUGCGGCGCCACAAAUGGUAGAGCAACCCGCAAACGUGGAUGCCGCCGUGAAUACCCCAGUUGUGGUUGAUUCAAACGAUGAUGGAACAGUCGCCCAGGAACUGGAAUUAGAGCAUAUGAGGAGUAUAUUGGAAGAGGCGAUUGUGGAAACGCGCAGUACGCCUCUCGAAAAUCGACCGCAACUUCCCCGCAUAGCCCUAAGCAAGCGGAAUCGGGCUGUCGUGAGGGCUCUGAACCCAAUGCUGGUUACCUAUUUGGAAGCCAGCCGGGACCUUUGCGAGACGGACUCAAUUCUUUUUGGCGCCGCGCUGGCAGUCUGCCGUAUCAUAGGCGCCAAGGUUUCCACGGCUGGACGCGCUACUGGCCAUAGUAGCGCUAUCCCAGCAUGGAGAAGAAGAAUUGAGGAACGUAUCGCAAAGGCUAGAGCUCUCAUCGGCAGACUGAUAUGCUUCAGAUCAGGCAACAACAGGCCAAGAAUUGUGCGCACCGUCAGGAUGGCGUUUGCUGGGACAAAUGUCAGUUUGUCCCAGCCGGAUAUAACGCAAAAACUGACGGAGCGCAUAGAUGAUCUGAAGCAGAGAAUCGCUGCUUGGGGAAAGCGGAUUCGGCGAUAUACCGAGAGGUCGACACGGUUCAACCAGAAUCGUCUCUUCCAGAGUGAUCACAAGAGGCUCUAUGAAUCAUUGGAGCGACCAAUGGUAAGUGGAACGGGUCCAGCACCGAAUCAGGCCGACACUGUAGCAUUCUGGCGCGGCCUGUGGUCAGAGCCCGUAAACCACAGCGAGGGCCCUUGGACGGAAGUUGUGGCGAGUCAGUGUGCGGGUAUUACGCCCAUGGACCCCGUCAUCAUAACGCCGGAUGACGUAGCUGAGGCGGUUCGUAGGGCCCCGAACUGGAAAAGUCCGGGGCUUGACGGGCUGCAUCACUACUGGCUGAAGGGGUUCAUGACAUCUGUUGUUCUUGAUAGACUGAAGAAGGCUAAAGAAGCUUUAAUGCAAAACACUAAAUGUGACAGAUAUACAGUUAUCAUUACUUUUAUAGGAGUCAACGUCACUUAA